UUUGGCAGGAAAUAAAUGUGGAAGCUAAACAUGUUAAGGAUAUCAUGAAAACACUAGAGAGCUUUAAACUAGACAGUACUCCCUUGAAAGCUGCACAGCAUGAACUUCCAGCUUCUGAGGGAGAAGUCUGGUCCAUGCCUGUACCUGUUGAACGAAGACCCUCUCCAGGACCUAGAAAACGCCAAUCCUCUCAGUACAGUGACCCUAAACCACAUGGUAACCGCCCAAGUACAACUGUCAGAGUUCACCGUUCAUCUGCACAGAAUCUUCACAAUGACAGAGGGAAAGCUGUUCGUUGUCGUGAAAAGAAAGAACAGAAUAAAGGAAGAGAGGAAAAGAAUAAAUCACCUGCUGCAGUUACAGAACCAGAGACAAAUAAAUUUGAUAGUACGGGAUAUGAUAAGGACCUAGUAGAAGCUUUGGAAAGAGAUAUAAUUUCCCAGAAUCCCAAUGUUCGAUGGGAUGAUAUCGCUGAUUUAGUAGAAGCUAAAAAGUUGCUUAAGGAAGCUGUGGUGUUACCGAUGUGGAUGCCUGAAUUCUUUAAGGGCAUUAGGAGACCAUGGAAAGGAGUGUUGAUGGUUGGUCCACCUGGCACUGGGAAGACCCUCCUUGCCAAAGCAGUGGCCACAGAAUGCAAGACAACGUUCUUCAAUGUCUCUUCAUCAACUCUGACCUCCAAGUACAGAGGAGAGUCUGAGAAGCUUGUUCGUCUUCUGUUUGAAAUGGCUCGGUUUUAUUCUCCAGCCACCAUAUUUAUUGAUGAGAUAGAUUCCAUCUGUAGUCGCAGAGGGACUUCUGAAGAGCAUGAAGCAAGCAGAAGGGUGAAAGCAGAGCUGCUGGUUCAAAUGGAUGGUGUUGGAGGUGCUUCUGAGAACGAUGACCCAUCCAAAAUGGUUAUGGUUCUGGCAGCUACUAAUUUUCCCUGGGAUAUAGAUGAGGCUUUAAGACGACGUCUUGAGAAACGAAUCUAUAUUCCUUUACCAUCAGCAAAAGGCAGGGAGGAGUUAUUACGAAUAAGCCUACGUGAGCUGGAAUUGGCUGAUGAUGUUGAUCUUGCAAGUAUAGCAGAAAACAUGGAAGGUUAUUCAGGUGCGGACAUUACCAACGUGUGCAGGGAUGCAUCUUUGAUGGCAAUGAGAAGGCGUAUUGAAGGUUUGACCCCAGAAGAAAUCCGAAAUCUUUCAAAAGAAGAAAUGCACAUGCCUACAACAAUGGAGGAUUUUGAAAUGGCUUUAAAAAAGGUUUCUAAAUCAGUAUCUGCUGCAGACAUUGAAAGAUAUGAGAAAUGGAUAUUUGAGUUUGGAUCAUGCUAAAUUCUCACAUAUGAGAAGUCUGCCUUAAGUAUUUGAAAUGAUAAUUAAAUGCAGUAAUUCAUUACACUGAGUGCUAUAUUUUUUUAAGCUUUCAUAAUGGUAAGAUUUUUAAAAAACCUUUAUGAUUCUGAAUAAAGGCAAUAUUUUUAAGCUGAAAA